AUGAUUGCUCCCAAGACCUACCAGUUUCUCGUCGGCGUCUUCGCCUCGCUCGGAUCAUUCAACUAUGGUUAUGACCUUGGCGUUAUCGGAGGCAGCGUUGCCUCAACCUCGUUCAAAACAUCUUUCAAUCCAAACGCAGAUGAAGUCGGUGCCGUUGUAUCGCUCUUCACAGGCGGUGGCUUUUUCGGAGCUUUCGCAGCUGGUCCCAUGGGUGACUGGCUGGGCCGAAGAAUGGCAAUCAUGAUUGGUGCCAUUAUUUUCUGCGUCGGUGGGGCCUUGCAAGCAGCUGGCCAGAAUCUGUCCUUCUUCUACGCUGGUCGAGCUGUCGGUGGGUUUGGUGUUGGCAUUCUCGUCAUGAUCGUGCCAAUGUACCAGGCCGAGAUCGCUCAUCCUUCUAUCCGAGGCCGAGUCACUGGUCUGCAGCAGUUGAUGCUUGGUAUUGGAGCCGUCUUCGCAACAUGGACCGUAUAUGGCACCAAUUUGCACUUUUCCACGAGCGAGCAAUGGCGUAUACCCCUUGGCCUUCAAAUUGUCCCCGCCGGCAUCCUUGCACUUAUGAUUUUACUCUUUCCAGAAUCACCACGCUGGCUGAUUGACCACGGUAGAGAGGAAGAAGGUCUCAAGACGUUAGCCAAACUUCAUACCAAUGGGAAUCAAAACGACCCUUGGGUUCAAGCCGAAUACCUCCAAAUCCAAUCUGCUAUCGCCCACGAGCACGAGCUUGCAGCGAAGGGUUACCGGGAAUUAUUCACUGACCGCGCAAGCUUCCGUAGACUCUUCCUUGUCACUGCGCUGCAGGCUUCUGUCCAAAUGACUGGUGUAUCAGCCAUCCAGUACUUUACUCCAGACAUUUACAAAGCCAUGAACAUUGAUACCACAAGUUCGUUGAAGUAUCAGGCUAUCAGUAAUGUACUCUCCGUUCUUGCCCAGCUCUGCACCGUGCUUUUCAUCGACAAGCUUGGUCGUCGCUGGCCGUUAAUCAUCGGCAACGGUAUCAACUGCAUUUGCUUCAUCAUCGUGACCGCAGCUCAAGCUAGCUUCCCUCACGCUUCAACAUCGAUGCAGAACUCGCUUGGUUGGCUUUUCAUCGUCAUCAACUGGUGCUAUCAAGUCAGCUUCUCCUUCACCUGCGGCUCCCUUUCUUGGAUCAUUCCGGCCGAGGUGUUUGACACAAAGACCCGUUCUAAGGGCAUCUCUAUUGGUGUCAUGACCUCCUUCGCUUUCAACACUAUGAUCGGACAGAUAACAGCCCCGGCUAUCGAGAACAUCGGUUGGAGGUACUUCCUGGUAUUUGUGGUUUGCAAUUUCACAAAUGCUAUCUUCUUCUGGGCGUUUAUGCCAGAGACGAAGCUGCUGCCACUUGAGGAGAUGAACAUCUUAUUCUCGAGUACGUCCUGGUUUGUGCCUGGAACCUCGCAGAAUCGUACAAGUGACUUGGAUGCCAGGGUUGAAGAAGCUAAGUUGCAGAAGGAGGGCUUGGAGGUAGGGCAGGUUGAGACUGUACGAGAUUAA